CCAAUGAGCUGGACCCUACUUGGCGGGAGGUUAUAAAAAUCCCGGGCGCGGCGCGUCAGUCGCAUCGGUUCAGCAGCGGAGCGAGGCGCCAUGUCCGGCCGUGGCAAGAGCGGCGGUAAGGCCCGCGCUAAGGCCAAGUCUCGCUCGUCCCGGGCUGGGCUGCAGUUCCCGGUAGGGCGCGUUCACCGACUGCUGCGGCGCGGGCACUACGCGGAGCGGGUGGGGGCUGGUGCGCCCGUCUAUCUGGCGGCCGUGCUCGAGUACCUGACCGCUGAGAUCCUGGAGCUCGCGGGCAACGCGGCGCGCGACAACAAGAAGACGCGCAUCAUCCCCCGGCACCUGCAGCUGGCGGUGCGCAACGACGAGGAGCUCAACAAGCUGCUGGGCAAGGUGACCAUCGCGCAGGGCGGCGUCCUGCCCAACAUUCAGGCCGUGCUGCUGCCCAAGAAGACCAUCAAGAGGGGCAGCGGGCAGCAGUCGCAGGAGUACUAGGCCGGCCGGCCCUCCCGGCCCAACUCAAAGGCCCUUUUCAGGGCCACCCCAUUGCUCACCGGGAGAGCUGCGAUCCGCGGAGGAGGGAAGGGGACGAGAUGCGUGGCUGCGGGGAGCGGGGGGGCGGCGGGAAAGCGGCCCGGGGCCGGUCAAACACUGAGCGUGAGAGAGCUGCUCCGUAAGGACCCGUUAUUUUAAUUCUUACCUAUCUCUGGUAUAUUCAGCGGACGUUGCCUAGAAAAUAAAACUGCUUUAUUUACAAAACAGGA